GAUGAUGAUGAUUUGAUGGUGAUGAUAAGGAUGAGGAAGAUGAUGAUAUGAUGAGGAUGAAGAUGAGUGUGAGUAGUGAGGAUAAUUGUUAAAAGAUUAUGGCAGUAGUGUACAUGUGCAGGUGAUAUAUUAAAAUUAUUGACUGUUAAUGAUAUAUGUGUUCUGGAAAAUAAAAAAAUUAUAUAAAAAAAAACAAAGUGCAGUCUAAAUAUGUUAAGUAUUAAUGGUGUUGAAAUAUUUAGUCCAAAUAAAAAUCUAUACGUUAAUGAUAAAUAUGUCAUAAGUUGCAUUAAAUAAACCUCAGUGCUUCAAAAUGGCUCACUUUGUAUCUAUAGUCCUAACCUUGUAGAGGUGUAUUUAUUAUCAUUGAACAAUGGCUUGUUUUGGUGAUUGUUUUAGUAAGUCUACUUGUUAUGACUGUAGAUACUGGGUAUUUGAAGGAGUAUAUAGGAAUGGCAAAGCUAACAACAGAUGUCCUGACGUACGUGAAAACUGUUAAUGCCACGUCGCCUGAGGAUUGUAAACAUCUGUGUUAUAGCUAUGAACGCUAUCACUGCGAGUUCGACUCUUCAAGUUCUACUUGCACCACAUCGGAGCGUGAUAUGACAGUUUUCCCUAUUGAGUUCAACCUUACCUAUGUUGGCAUCGAAACCAUUUCAUAUGUGAAAAGCCAAGAUAACCCAAUUGUCAUAACAACGGUUGCUGUCCCAAAUGUUACUUAUAACCACACAGAUUUGCCUUGCUACACUGAUCCUGUGCAGACAACAGCAUCAACAGUGGCAACAACAGAAAUCGCAAUAUCACCACCUGCAGCAACAUCAACUAUAGCAACAACAACUGCAGUAGCAGUAUCAACAGCAGUAAAAACAACAACGUCAGCAGUAUCAACAACAACAACAACAACAACAACAACAACAGUCACACCGGCAGCAGACGUAUCAGCAACAACUACAGCAGACUUCCCCUCCUCCGUGACAGUAAGCAAUACAUUAUACCUCAGUCCAGAACAGGUACAACAACUUGUCGUCGAAAUAAAACAGGAGAACACGGUUGAUGUCAAAACUCUUUCAUCGUAUCGGAAUAAAUUUAUAAGUGUCCGGGAUAACCGACCUUCGUCAAAAACUAUUGGAUAUGUUGGCGUAAUAUGUAUAAGUCUGUUGGUAGGUCUUUUAGUGGUUUCAGAUGUACCUAAAUUUAUAAAUGACAGUAAGUCUUUACACAACAUUCAAGCAAUAAACAAUGUAAAAUAUAAAAAGAAAUUCUUCUUUAAAAAGUCAAAAUUGAAGAACAGACUAAUGUUGAACUUGCGACGUAAUUCCAUUUAGUCGUGGAGAAACUACGGUUCAUUACAAAUCUUCAAUGUAAGAAUAUGAUGUUGUUGACUCGUGUGAUAGGGUACGGAAAGGAUCAACAGUGCUCAGUGAACGUUACUGUUAAGUAUCAGGAUGAUAUUAAAAUGUGUUGUGCUUUGACCAAAGUCUUUUGUGUUUGUUAUAAUGCUG